CGCCGAAUUGAGGUCUCAACUUCUCUGGAUAUUCGGUAGUAAUGUCUUCAAAAUUACGAGUGGACUGGUGCUUCGGGUAGCUGCCUAGUAUUAGUCACUCAAUUGAAAUAUCCUUAUGAAGCACCUCACGCCAGACAACAGUGCUUUGCACACUUGCCUCUUAUAUGUAAUCUUCUCACCCAAACGAGAAGAAGAGCAAACAGCAAGAUGAUUGAUCAAUUACUCGAUUUCUGCAAACUCUACUCUUUAGCAAGGUCUGUGCGCGGACGUAUCAAAAUUUUCUGUCCUUACAAAGAAUGGAAAGAAAAGUAUGAGCAGGAAGAGCGCAAUGGGUUUGCAAUAUUACAGCGAGAGAAGCGUCUUACAGAUCGGAAGAAGCAAAUUCUAUCAACAAUCGAGCAAAAAGAAAAGCCGCAGAUUGCGGGAUACCAAGAAUGUGAUGAGCAGUGGAAAAUUGGAUAUUUUUAUGAACUUUGCGAUAUCGACGAGAAAUUAGCUGAGGUACAACGCCUGGAACAAUUUCAUCAGCAAGCAAUUUAUACGCUAUUUUCAACCAAAAAAAAUCAUACCUAUCAUAGAGAUGUGAUGAUGGCUCGAAAAUGCCAGUAUUCGUUCAUUCCUCGGCGUGACAAACCAUACAUCUGGCUCAAGCACCAAGACGCCUGUGCUCGAAGUGGUGGCUGCUGUAGUCGAGAAUGUGGAUGUUGCGAAAAACCUUUAAAGGUAUUUCCCACUACUUCUAGUUUCCUUUUAAGGAAAAAGGAAGUCAAGCUAUAUGGUCAUUGUACUUCAGAAUGCGGGUGCUGUAUCAAGCAUAUCGGUACUUACACACCACAUUAUCUGUUCAAGAAAUCGGAAGAUAAUCGGAAGAAACGACAAAUGGAAUGUCAAGUUAGUAGCAAGAAGUAGUUCUAUCAUUAGGUAAAGG